UGCUGAUUGGUGGGACACACACCUGUGCAGGUUCACCUGAGCUGCAGGCAAAGGAGUCCCUGUUAGAGGCCGUCUGGGGCCACAGCAGGGCGGACGGACACAGGGACGCCAUGGAGGAGCUGGUGGGGCUUCGAGAGGGCUCCUCGGGGAACCCUGUGACUCUUCAGGAACUGUGGGGCCCGUGUCCCCGCAUCCGCCGACGCAUCAGAGGCGGCUUGGAGUGGUUGAAGCAGAAGCUGUUCCGUGUGGGUGAGGACUGGUACUUCCUGGCCACUCUCGGGGUGCUCAUGGCCCUGAUCAGCUACACCAUGAGCUUCACCGUGGGGCGAGUGGUCCGAGCACACAAGUGGCUGUACCGGGAGAUUGGAGACAGCCACCUGCUCCGGUAUCUCUCCUGGACCGUGUACCCGAUGGCCUUGGUCUCCUUCUCCUCCGGCUUCUCACAGAGCAUCACGCCCUUCUCAGGAGGUUCUGGAAUCCCGGAGCUGAAGACCAUCUUGUCCGGGGUGGUCUUGGAGGACUACCUGGACAUCAAGAACUUUGGGGCCAAGGUGGUGGGCCUCACCUGCACCCUGGCCUCCGGCAGCACCAUCUUCCUGGGCAAAGUGGGCCCCUUCGUGCACCUGAGUGUGAUGAUCGCUGCCUACCUGGGCCGCGUGCGCACCAAGACCAUUGGGGAGUCCGAGGACUCGGAUCCCCAGAACAAGAGCAAACAAAACGAAAUGCUGGUGGCGGCAGCGGCAGUGGGCGUGGCCACAGUCUUCGCAGCGCCCUUCAGCGGCGUCCUGUUCAGCAUCGAGGUCAUGUCUUCCCACUUCUCCGUCUGGGAUUACUGGAGGGGCUUCUUCGCUGCCACUUGCGGGGCCUUCAUGUUCCGCCUCCUGGCCGUCUUCAACAGCGAGCAGGAGACCAUCACCUCCCUCUUCAAGACCAGCUUCCGGGUGGACGUCCCCUUCGACCUGCCGGAGAUCUUCUUUUUUGUGGCGCUGGGGGCCAUCUGUGGCGUCCUGAGCUGCGCGUACCUCUUCUGUCAGCGAAAUUUCCUCAUCUUCGUCAAGACGAAUCCGCUCACCUCCAAACUACUGGCCACCAGCAAGCCCCUAUACUCCGCCCUGGCCGCCCUGGUUCUCGCCUCCAUCACCUACCCCCCUGGCGUGGGCCGCUUCAUGGCUUCUCGGCUGUCCAUGAAGCAGCACCUGGACACACUGUUUGACAACAACUCGUGGGCACUGAUCACCCGGAACUCGUCCCCGCCCUGGCCCGCCGAGCCCGACCCCCAGAACCUGUGGUUCGAGUGGUACCACCCACGGUUCACCAUCUUUGGGACCCUUGCCUUCUUCCUGGUUAUGAAGUUCUGGAUGCUGAUCCUGGCCACCACCAUCCCCAUGCCCGCUGGCUACUUUAUGCCCAUAUUCAUCUUUGGAGCUGCCAUUGGGCGCCUCAUAGGGGAGGUCCUCUCUGUUGCCUUUCCUGAGGGCAUCGUGGCCGGAGGGGUCACCAACCCCAUCAUGCCCGGGGGGUAUGCCCUGGCAGGGGCUGCGGCCUUCUCAGGGGCUGUGACCCACACCGUCUCCACGGCGCUGCUGGCCUUCGAGCUGACCGGCCAGAUCGUGCACGCGCUGCCCGUGCUGAUGGCGGUGCUGGCGGCCAACGCCAUUGCCCAGAGCUGCCAGCCCUCCUUCUACGACGGCACCAUCAUUGUCAAGAAGCUGCCAUAUCUCCCGUGGAUCCGGGGCCGAAAAAUCAGCUCUCACCGCGUCAUUGUGGAGCACUUUAUGAACUGCAGCAUCACCACGCUGGCCAAGGACAUGCCACUGGAGGAGGUGGUCAAGGUCAUCACCUCCACAGACAAGGCUGAGUACCCCCUGGAGGAGAGCACAGAGUCUCAGAUCCUGGUGGGCACCGUGCGAAGGGCCCACCUGCUGCAGGCCCUCCAGGCUGAGCCACCUUCCUGGGCUCCAGGACACCAAGUGCACUAUCUCCAGGACAUCUUGGCUGGGGGCUGCCCCAUGGAGCCAGUGACCCUGCAGCUGUCUCCAGAGACCUCCCUGCACGAGGCACACAACCUCUUCGAGCUGCUGAACCUUCAGUCCCUCUUUGUGACGGCUCGAGGCAGAGCUGUGGGCACCGUGUCUUGGGUGGAGUUGAAGAAAGCAAUUUCCAAUGUGACAAACCCACCGGCCCCAAAGUGAGCCAGCCUGGCAAGAAGAACCGGGGCACCUAAGUGCCCUGGCGAAGCAGAUGGGGCAGGCAUCCUGCCUCCCUGCCCACCACAGCUCGCCCUACCCCCCAGCCCAGCUCAGCUCCUCAGUGAAGCAGGCAGCUCGGACCUUGCACCUGGGUGGGAUAAGUGCCACCUGCCUUGAAGGACAAAUCCCACCGUGGACCGAGCUCAGAAUGCAAAACAGUAUAAAACCUGCACACAGUGGGCACUCCACCCUCGUCGGUCAAAUUCGCCAGUGACGGAUGAGAUUGAUCGACGCUGUCACCAAGGGCAGGCACGAUCCCCUCUGGGGUCGACGCCCAACCAGAGGCUCCUGAGAGAAAUAAAGCUAUUUCCCAGAGCCUCAAUUCAUCCCCCAUCUCCGCUCCAAGGGCACUCACGUGGCACCCCAGCUUCUUCUCGUGCUGGCUGAGCAAGAUCUUGGGGCUGCUCGUGGUCAGGUGGGCAGUGCAGGCCCGGGGUCCUGGUCUCCCACUCCUCCUGGCAGGGAGAUAUGGGGAGAG